AUGUUUCCAUCAGUCUGCAGCUCAAAGCCAGAAGAAGUUGUGACUGUUGAUGUGAGCCAAGCCAAGACUCUCCUCCAAUCUGGCCAUCGAUAUCUUGAUGUUAGAACCGAGGAAGAGUUUAGGAGAGGCCAUUGCCUGGCAUCUGAGAUCCUCAACGUUCCCUACAUGCUCAACACACCACAAGGAAGAGUGAAGAAUCAAGACUUCUUGGAUCAAGUCUCUUCUCUUCUCAACCCAACUGAUGAUGUCCUUGUGUUUGAAAUCGACCUUGAAUCUGAUGAUACACAGGGUUGUCAGAGUGGAGCCAGAUCCUUAAAUGCCACAGCUGAACUUCUUGCUGCAGGUUUCAAGAAAGUGAGAAACGUGGGAGGUGGCUACUUGGCCUGGGUGGAUCACAGCUUUCCCAUCAACAAGGAGCAGCAAUCGGCAAACUAA